AUGCUUGAUAACCCGGCGAGCUGUAUUGACCUGUCAUGCGUUCCCGCAGCCCCCGAAGAUCCCCUCUAUCGUCUGAUGAGGGAAUACCGCGAGGACCAAAGUGCGAGAAAGAUAGACCUGGGCAUAGGCGCCUACAGAGACGAGAUCGGAAAGCCAUGGGUUCUGCCGGUAGUCAAGAAGGCUCAAGAUAUGCUACAUGAGGAUCCUCAAUCGAAUCACGAAUAUUUACCCAUUAGAGGUCUAGAUUUCUUUCUGAGUGCUGCGCAGAAUCCUAUUCUCGGGGAUGGCAGCCCAGCUAUCAGAGAAAAGCGGAUCUGUUCUUUUCAAACCAUAUCAGGGACUGGUGCGGUCUACCUCGGAGCGAGCUUUCUCGCGCGCCAUCACUCCGGAUUAGAGAAACCAGUUGCUUUGAUAUCGAACCCAACAUGGCCAAACCACUAUCAGAUCCUCUCCCAGUGCGGAUUCAAAGUCGAGACCUACCCCUACUACUGCCCGACGUCAAAAGGCCUCGACAUCACCGCAAUGCUAGAUACUCUAAAGAACGCCCCACGCGCCUCGAUCGUCAUCCUCCAAACCUGCGCCCACAACCCCACAGGUAUAGACCCAACUCAAGAAGAAUGGAAACAAAUCGCCUCCGUGAUCCGGCACCGCGGCCACUUCCCCUUCUUCGACUGCGCCUACCAGGGCUUCGCAUCCGGGGAUCUCACGCGCGCCGCAUGGGCCUGUCGCUAUUUCGUGGAGCAGGGGCUGGAAUGCUGCAUUGCGCAGUCCUUUGCCAAGAAUCUCGGGCUUUACGGGGAACGAGUCGGGGCUUUUCAUAUUAUAGUUGCCCCUGGGAAAGAUGCAUCGGCGAUUUGUAAUCGCGUUGCUACUCAGCUUGCUAUCCUGCAACGGGCCCAGAUCUCCAACCCGCCUGCGUACGGGGCGCGUAUUGCGAGUCUUGUUUUAAAUGAUGAAGAGCUCUUUUCUCAGUGGCAGGGUGAACUGCGUGUUAUGAGUUCGCGCUUAUCGGGGAUUCGAGAGACCGUUAGCGCGCAGUUGCAGGCGAGGGGGACGCCCGGUUCAUGGGACUUUUUGCCGACUCAGAUCGGAAUGUUCAGCUAUACUGGGCUGUCUCGGCCUCAGAUCCUGCAUUUGAAGGAUAAAUGGCAUAUAUACAUGACCGAAAACGGACGGGUCUCGGUGGCGGGACUGAAUCCGCAAAACAUUGAUUAUUUUAUUGAUGCUGUUGAUGAUGCCGUGCGGACUUGCAAUUAG